AAACUAGAAGAUGACCUGGUGGUGACACAGCAAAAUUUCGGCGGCUACCGGGGCCAGGCGAAAGAAGAAAAAUAAAAAAAACUGCACUUGUAUAGCGCAUGCGUGGGACAGGCCCGCGUACAAGAGGGUCUCCAGAGCGCGCUGUCACAGGACGAGACUUCGUGAUUGGGCCGCUCUUCCGCUUCGUGUGUUCCGGCACAGGUUCGGCUGACGGAGAAGACAUGACGUUUCUGCUUAAAGAACUGAGGUUUAAAGUCCCAUGGGGACACUUAGCAGCCAAAGCCUGGGGCCCAUCCGAAGGGCGACCUGUCUUGUGCCUACAUGGGUGGUUGGAUAACGCUAACACUUUUGACAGACUUAUUCCAAUGCUUCCCCAAGACCAUUACUAUGUAGCUUUGGAUUUCUCAGGACAUGGACAGUCCUCCCAUAUGCCUAUAGGAAUGAGGUAUCAACAUCUGGACUAUUUGAGCGAUGUACAUAGAGUGGUAACAUCUUUAGGUUGGAAAAGAUUCUCAAUAUUAGCACACAGUAUGGGUGGUUUUCUUGGAGGAAUAUUUGCAUCCGUAUUUCCUGAAACCAUUCAGCAUCUAAUACUUCUGGAUUCCUAUGGAUUUUUACCUGUCCAAACAGACUUAUUAACAAACCAUAUAAAAAAGGCAGUCACCCAUUACUCUCGAUUAGAGGGGGCAAAUGGAGCAAAGGUUUAUACCCCAGAAGGAGCCUUGCAAAGGCUACUAGAUGGCAAUUCGGCAUUAAAUUCUGAUACUGCCAAAGUGCUCCUGCAGCGUGGAACUAAACCUGUGCCUGAUGGUGUGGUGUUUAGUCGUGACAUAAGGAUCACUGUGAACAAUUCACUGCCUCUGUCUCCUGAGCAAUGUUUGUAUAUGAUGAAGUCCAUUCAGUGCAAUGUCCAUGUUAUUCUGGCAAAUGAAGGCAUAUCUGCUGAUUUAAUGCGAGGAGUUUACACACAUGUGGGACAGAACCUACUAAAUGGAUUUAAAGAAAACUUAAAGGAGCGCUUUCAGUCCACUGUUGUGGAUGGAAAUCAUUUUGUACAUUUGAAUGAACCAGAAAAGAUUGCUAAACUCAUUGCUAAUCAGCUGUAUGAACAGCCUUAUAUUCACUCACAGCUUUAACAUGUGACGGCGUCACCUUCCUGUUACUGCAGGAGGAGAUGGAGUAUAAAAAGCCAUCAUUCUGAAAUGCAUCUAAACAAGGAAUCGAUCAAACAAAAACAUCCGUUCAAAAAAUAGUUUAUCUUUUAUUGAAAAGACUAAACUCUCCAAAGCUGCCAUUGAUCAAAUGUAUUCACGUGUCUGACAUAGUAAUAAAACAGUAUUUAUAUUUC